UUUUUUCAGAUGCAGUAUAAAUCAGCUGAAUGACGCGUUUGUUUCCAUUAAAACAUGAUGAUGGGUCUCAGACGAGAAGACUCACUGCUUAUAGCUCUAUCCUGGAUUACAUUUUCCGGGUUUACACUCGGGUUUAACGCGAGGAUCAGAGUGAACAGAGAAAAUGCAGAAUUUCUCAGUUUUCAAACACCAAGUAGAAACAGGACCGGUAUCCUGAAGCUGAUCCGUGAUCCUUACAGUGAAAACAUCUAUGCAGGAACUCUUCAUGACCUGUACAUAUUAAAUUCAGAAAAACCUCCAGCACUUAAACCGGUUAAUGUUUCGAUAUUUGAUUUGGAAUGCCAGGAAAGACCUGAGGAUUGUGAAUACAGUAUCUCUCUACUGAAAGAGGGAAGAAAUGGAAAUCCACUCUUCAUGUGUAAAACUGGAACAGAAUUUACAAAGUGUUGUGAUGUGAGCUCAGAGCACGUUCCUGUGAACUGCACCGAACCUUGGCAUCCAUCGCACAUCAGUGAGCCGUCUUUACAUGUUGGUGAUUCGCUAUAUUACACGCUUGCGAUUAGGAACAACGGUCAAACAGUUUUAUCUGGACUCUACAGAUGGAGCAUGGAAAGACCCACUUUGCCAUUAUCAACACAAAACGAGCAGAGAUAUGUCAAAAUCUUAGCAAACCAAGGCUAUCUACCACUGGAUGGAAAAGUGUACUCCUUCUACAUAGAGAAGAACUGGGACCAGAAUCCGGAAACACCUGUCUGGAUACCUCUAGUUUCUCAGAUCUGCCUGGCGGAUCGUGGUGGGAAUAAAGCACUGCUUCAUAACCGCUGGACAUCCAUGUUGACCGCACGUCUGUUUUGCGGAGAUGAGAAGAACCAUCUCUCAUAUACAGAGCUGCUGGACGUUGCUGUGCUGGAAGAUACGGAAUGGCAGAACACCACGAUCUACACCCUCUUCAAAAAUGAGUACAACCUGAGAGCAGUGUGUGUUUACAAAAUGUCUGACAUCCUUCAUGUCUUCAGGAGCAACGAAUUCACAUCUGCCACUGACCCUUUUUCUUCACCACGUCCUGGAGAGUGUGUACAAAACAGUCAAGCGCUAUCGCCAGCCCUUCUAAGGUUUAUGGGAAAUCGUCCUGAGUUAAAAGCAUGGGUUACACCCGCACAGAACCCUCUCUUGUUCAGCCACCAUCACUACACACACCUCCAGGUGGACAGAGUAGAGAGCAGCAAUUCGGAAAAUGGAUAUCAUGAUGUCCUUCUCAUGAGUCUAGACAGUGGCAAGGUGCAUAAAAUCCUGGAUCAGGAUGGUAAACCCUUUAUCAUCGCAGAAUAUGAGCCCUUUAAAACCAGGACACACAUCUCCAGCAUGCUGCUUGACAGUACCACAAAAAAACUAUUUGUGAGCUCUAGCAGUGAAGUGAUCCAGAUCGACCUGAGAAACUGCAGCAUGUACGGGAACCAAUGCCAACCGUGUGUGAUGGCCCGAGACCCGUACUGCAUCUGGGACUGGACCGAGUGCUCACAUAACAAUAGAUCCUUAAAACAAGACGUGAACUAUGGAAACGAGUUCAUAUGCGAAAAAGAUGACCGCACAAUCAGGAAGAGACACACCCUAAGCAUUGUUUCUGAAGAUUCUAUUUUCUUCCUCAAGUGCCCUAUGGAAUCCCAGCAUGCCUCAUAUGCUUGGUACCACCAGGGCAUGAGAAGGGAGUGUGACUUAAUUGAACGUGAUUGCAUUUUGCUGUUUCUUAAAAUCAGCUCAAUGCAGGAGGGGGUUUAUGAAUGUAUCGCCUCAGAGAACGGCUACAACUGGACCGUCGUUGAAAAGUAUGUAUUGGUCUCCUCUGGCACGGACACCAGGACAAGUCAUGUAGUUUUAACCUGCUUUCUCUUUCUGAUCUAUGUGAUCUACUAGUGCUGUCUGGACAUUGUGUGAAUUUUCCUUAAUGCCUUGUUAAUGUCUUUUUUACUGAUCUUUUUCUUAACUUUGAAUAAACACUACUACACUAC